AUGGUACUGAGAAUGUGCUCAAAAUACUAUGAUGCUUAUGGCAUUGUGAAAUAUCUUGACAAUGAAACCAUGUCGAAAUUCGAAAGCAUUAUUCAAGGUAUGGCAGCUAGUAGUCUUCGUUGCAUCGCUUUCGCAUAUGCUGAAGUUGAUGUUCAAGAGCUAGGAGAUGAACGAGAAAACAUCGGGAUAGUGGUAAAAGACAAUGGUUUAACAUUGUUAGGACUUGUUGGUAUUAAGGAUCCGUGUCGUCCUGGGGUGAAGACUGCGGUGGAAGCUUGCCAACAUGCUGGUGUGAAUGUCAAAAUGAUUACAGGUGACAAUAUUUUCACUGCAAAAGCUAUAGCAUUUGAAUGUGGGAUUCUUCAACCUAAUCAAGACACAGAUGAAACCGUGGUUGAAGGCGAACAAUUUCGCAACUUCACGCACGAAGAAAGGUUAGAGAAAGUUGAAAAAAUCAGUGUGAUGGCAAGAUCAUCUCCAUUUGAAAAACUUCUGAUGGUUCAAUGCUUAAAAGAAAAAGGGCAUGUAGUUGCUGUAACAGGAGACGGUACAAAUGAUGCACCAGCAUUGAAAGAAGAUGAUAUUGGACUUUCAAUGGGAAUUCAAGGUACAGAAGUUGCAAAAGAGAGUUCAGAUAUUGUUAUAUUAGAUGACAAUUUUGCAUCUAUAGUAACAGUUUUAAAUUGGGGAAGAUGUGUUUACAACAACAUCCAAAAAUUCAUUCAAUUUCAAUUAACAGUGAAUGUAGCUGCACUUGUUAUCAAUUUUGUAGCAGCAGUUUCAGCAGGUGAAGUUCCAUUAACAGCAGUUCAAUUAUUAUGGGUCAAUUUGAUUAUGGAUACAUUAGGUACUUUGGCUCUUGCAACUGAAAAACCUACUAAGGAAUUGAUGGAUCAAAAACCUGUGGGUAGAACAAAACCUCUUAUCACUAACAUUAUGUGGAGGAAUCUUCUGUCACAAGCUAUCUACCAAAUAGUAAUUUUGUUGACUCUACAAUUUAAAGGGGAAAAUAUUUUUGGUGUGACAUCAAAGGUAAAUGACACAUUGAUUUUUAAUACAUUUGUUCUUUGUCAAGUGUUUAAUGAGUUCAAUGCAAGGAAGUUGGAGAAGAAGAAUGUUUUUGAAGGGAUAUUUAGAAGCAAAUUGUUUGUGGGAAUAGUUGGUGUGACAUUGGUGCUUCAAGUAGUGAUGGUUGAGUUUUUGAAGAAAUUUGCUGAUACAGAGAGAUUGAAUUGGAGAGAAUGGAUUAUUUGUAUUGGUCUUGCUUCUGCUUCUUGGACAAUUGGUUUUGUUGUGAAGUUGAUACCAGUUUCAGAUAAACCAUUACUUGAUUUUCUGAGUGUGAAGAAGAGAUUAUGA